AUGCAGGCCAUGCCAGAUACCCGCCAGCAGAGCUUCGACGAGAUCUACGGAGCGCCAGAGAACUUUCUCGAGAUAGAGGUGCGCAACCCGCGAACGCACGGCAUCGGGCGCUCCAUGUACACCGACUACGAGAUCGUCUGCCGCACCAACAUCCCCGCCUUCAAGCUGCGCCAGAGCAGCGUCCGCCGCCGGUACUCCGACUUCGAGUACUUCCGCGACAUCCUCGAGCGCGAGAGCGCCCGCGUCACCAUCCCCCCACUGCCGGGAAAGGUCUUCACCAACCGCUUCAGCGACGACGUCAUCGAGAGCCGCAGGGCCGGCCUGGAGAAGUUCCUCAAGAUCGUCGUCGGGCACCCGCUGCUCCAGACGGGGAGCAAGGUGCUGGCCGCGUUCGUUCAGGACCCGAAUUGGGACCGCAGCGCAUGGUGA